AUGGCUGCAGCAAUUACAAAUUUCUUAACUAAGCCACCAUGCACCGAUCUUCAUUUCAUCCCAAAAGCCACUUGUAUUAGCUCCCAUAGUUCCUUUCUGCCACCUUUUGUUUCAAAGUCGAGACCAUUUUCAACAAAAUCACUCGAAAGAAGCAAACCCCCACGAUUCAUCACCAAGGCUACAACUACACCAGGGACAAGGAAAGCUCCGAGCGAUGAGAGCGUAAAUCAGGUCCAUAGCAUAGAAGAGUUCGAUGAAGCUCUUAAAACGGCUAAAAACAAGCUCGUGGUGGUCGAGUUCGCGGCCAACCACAAUUACAACAGCAGUGAGAUAUACUCAUUCAUGGUGGAACUCAGUCGGACUUGCAACAACGUUGAAAUUCAUCCUGGUGAUAGGCGACGAAUCGGACAAGACGAGAGAGCUUUGCAUAAGAGAAGAAAUAAAGAAAAUAACACACUUUAG